CGCGAGUAGGAAGUGGUGAUUCCUGGAAUAGAGAUGGCCGCGCUUGCUCAGCUGCCCCCACUCCCCCCCCAGUUUAAGAGCAUACAGCAUCAUCUGAGGACGGCUCAGGAGCAUGACAAGCGGGACCCUGUGGUCGCUUAUUACUGUCGUUUAUAUGCAAUGCAAACUGGAAUGAAGAUUGAUAGUAAAACUCCAGAAUGUCGUAAAUUUUUAUCAAAGCUAAUGGAUCAGUUAGAAGCUCUUAAGAAACAGUUGGGUGAUAAUGAAGCUAUUACUCAAGAAAUAGUUGGUUCUGCCCACUUGGAGAAUUAUGCUUUGAAAAUGUUUUUGUAUGCAGAUAAUGAAGAUCGUGCUGGACGAUUUCACAAAAACAUGAUCAAGUCUUUCUAUACUGCAAGUCUUUUAAUAGAUGUCAUAACAGUGUUUGGAGAACUCACUGAUGAAAAUGUGAAACACAGAAAGUAUGCAAGGUGGAAGGCAACAUAUAUCCAUAACUGUUUAAAGAAUGGAGAGACUCCUCAAGCAGGGCCUGUUGGAAUUGAAGAAGAUAAUGAUGUUGAAGAAAAUGAAGAUGCUGGGGCCACACCCCUGCCUACUCAGCCACCCCGGCCUUCAUCUUCAGCUUACGACCCAGGCAGCGUGCCGUCCAGCAGCUUCACGGGAAUCCAGAUCCCCCCCGGUGCGCACGCUCCAGCCAACACGCCAGCGGAAGUGCCUUCCAGCGCAGGUGUAACAAGUAAUACUAUCCAGCCUACUCCCCAGACUGUUCCGGCUAUUGAUCCUGCACUUUUCAGUACAGUGUCCCAGGCGGAUAUCCGUCUAACACCAGAGGACUUUGCCAGAGCUCAGAAAUACUGCAAGUAUGCUGGCAGUGCUCUGCAGUAUGAGGAUGUCAGCACAGCGGUGCAGAAUCUACAGAAGGCCCUCAAGUUGCUAACUACGGGCAGAGAAUGAAGCCUUUGUACCACACGUCCGUACAUUUUUGGCUUAAAGAACUAACAGUCCAUUACUCUCUCUUCAGCCUAUCAGGAGCACAGUUUUAAGGAAGACUUCAGUUGCAUUGACUAUAACAAUGAAAUCUGUGUCUGUGUAUCAGAUUCCUGUUGAAGCAUUCAGCAGCAGCCUCAACCAGUUUUCAUUGUCCAUUUAGUGGAUCCAGUAAUCUCCGGGUAUAUCGGGCUGAUGUUAGCAAGAUCCAGAAAUGCCCAUUGAACCCUGCUUCAGAGAAUGAAAUCACACUUCUAUAAAAUGUAUUGGGAUUCGCAGUGUAUCUUAAUAUACAUAAAUUAAAGACUUUUAAAAAUCUUCUAAUUUGGACACACAGGCUAUAUUACUUUGCUAUAAAAUUCUAAAUUUAACUUUUAAUAGAAAUUGCCAGAAUAUUCUAGAUUAGAGAUCAUGUUUCCACCCCCCCCCCCCGGAUUUAUAAAACAAAUAUGAACAUCCUAAACUGUUAGAUGAAUUUGAAAGGGAUUAUGUUCAAAAUUAAAAUAUGUUCAUGUUUAAUAGAACUACAUUAAAAGUGAAAAUUGUUACAGAAGAAACCAAGGUAAAGAGGUAGAAUCACUUUUAGACUUAAGAAUAAUGUUGGUUUCCCAACAGCUUUCCCUUCUCCAUUGAAGCUUAAAGUGAAUUGGUAUUUAUUCAUAGGCAGUUUGACUGCAUGUAUUAGGGAAUGAAAAGAAGACAUUUGUAGUAAUGCCUGGAAACUUGGUGCUUUAAGUUAAGGUUCUCCUCUGCUGCUAUGGAAUGGAUUCCAUAAAGUGGAUAGCUCUGAGCACUGCAGAAGACUACAAGAAUUUAGACUCUCAGUUGUUCAGUUUAUAAGUUUUGUGGGAAGUGACGGACUUACUGUGUGUCACCUACAUUUGUGCUGUGUAAAAAAUAAAUACAAGGAUUCUUUUAACUCGUUCAGUUUAUUACAAAGCCAAAUGUCUGUUUUAAUUUGCAUGCUAGAGUUGUCAUUUUUUUUUUAAGUUAUUAUGUUUAGUUACAGGAAUAUGGAUGUUUCUAAAGUAAAAGGUGAACAAUUUUUAAAAAGAGGGAGGUAAAUUUGCUAAAUUUACCUGAAAUUUAUCUGGUCCAUUUCAUUCAUCCCACUGAGAUUGGAGUCAUUUAACGUAGGGGUCCACAAACUAUGUAUGGUCAAUGGGCAGACCACCAGUUAUGUAAAUAAAGUUUUAUUGAACUAAAACCUUGCCCAUUAUUUAUGUUUAAUCUGUGGUUGCUUUUCCUGACUACAGAAUCACAUGGCCCUGCGAGUCUAAAAUAUUUACUCUUUGGCUCUUUAAGAAAACAUUUGCUGAACCUGUUUUAACAGUCUAUUCCAAAGAAAAUGAAUCAUUAUCUCAUAACCAUUCGUCUUUCAGUUUUUCUUUGCGUAAGUAUAAUGCUAUUGCAUAGCAUUUGAUAGAAUGAAUAUUCAGACAGGAUAAACUAUUGUAAAUCAUUACAAAAACAAGCCCACAAACCAUGGCUCCUGAAAAACAUUUUCAUACCUUUCACAACUAAAUUCCUAUAACAUUUGUGGAAUUUGAUAUUUGCAUCUAGAACUCCAGUGCUCUGAAACAUUCCUCUAGCACUUUAUUGUAGUACAAGAGUGUCUAGGAUGAUCUUUUAAUGUUAUAAGAAGUAAAUAAAUUCAGUGAAGUUUAAUUCAGAUUUUAACGUGUGUGGAUACCAGAAAGAAAACUGUCACCUCCCAUCUCACACCCUACUUUGUUGCUCCCUAUUGGGAGAGCACAUUGAGGGGAAAAGAUAAUGUGGAAACCCUGGAGUCCGCUGAUAAGUGCGCUGUGUUAUAACAGCCCUUAUCUCUAAAAUGGAAGCCAUAUCACCAGCCUCCUCAGAAUUUGUUAGAGGAGAUACUUUACAUGAAGUGCUCAAGAACCAGUAGCUUACCAUAAAUGUUUAUUGUUAAUGUUCAUGUUAAGAUAAUGUAAAUUAUUAAUAAUUUGUUUUCCAAAUAUCAGGAAAUCCCAGUUGUCUCUGGCAGUGCUUUCUUACCUGAGAGGAUUGAACUGUAGAGAUUUUUGGCUUUGCAUGUCUUUAUUUAAAAUCUGUCAAAAUAAGGUUAAAAUUGUUUGAUGUAGUGCUAGAAUAAGCGAUUUUCAUUUAGUCACUCAAUGUGUAUUUAUUGAGCAGCUAUUGUGUACCUAGUAUUGUCCUUUGCAUGAGAAAACAGCAGAGAACAAGAAAAGAAUUCCGGCCUCUUAGAGUUUAUAUUCUUAGGGAAAGGAAACAAACUUAAUAAAAAGUUUAUAUUCAA